CCACACUCCUAUUCAGAAGGUGGCGGUAAUGCACACCAAAAAGCUGCUUGCCAAUAAACAAAAGAAGAAGAAGAAGAAAGAAGAAGAAAGCAGGCUGUAGCUACGAUAAUCAAAAUCAUAGUUUGUUUCACAAUGAGCCCAACAUUUACUUCAUGUGCUUUGUUUGACGACGCUGAAUUUAGCUUCCGAUUCGAUUUAAGGUGAUAUUUACCUCAUAUCCGCUGCGACUGUUUGUCCACUGAUUGUCUGUUUGUUUUUGUUACGUGUUUUAGUUUCACAGUAGCUACCCAGGGAGGAACAAAACUGAGUGUGUAGCUUUGGAGUGUUAUCUGAAAUGAACAUUGACGUGAUAGAAGAUGAACCACUGCUGUGCUAAGAUGGCGACGUCCAGUCAAAGAGAAGGCGGAAGCGAGUCAGCGCCACAAACUCCCAGCACAUCAUCAACGGAGAAAAAGCCCCCAACUGCAGAUGUCCAGCAGCUGAUUGGUCAUCAUAAAGAAUAUCCCAAUGAGCCACAAGAGGGGACCUCCACGUUGAAGCAGGAGGAUUCACCGUUCUCCCAUGUUAAAGAGGAAGAGGAGGAACUCUGGAUCACUCAGGAGAGAGAGCAUCGUCUUGGCCCGGAGGAGGAUGAUCUCACAAAGUUGCCACUGACUGGUUUCUCUGUGAAGACUGAAGAUCAUGAAGACAAACCACUUCAGUCCUUAGGUAUGUUGUGUCCUUCAGAUGUCCUUCAGCUGAUUGGUCAUCAAAAAGAGCAUCCCUCUCAGCCACAGUGGGGGAGCUCCACUUUGAAGCAGGAAGAUCCACAGCCUGCCCAUGUUAAAGAGGAAGAGGAGGAACUCUGGACUAUGCAGGAGGGAGAGUGUCUUCUUGGGCUGGAGGAGGCUGAUCUCACCAAGUUGCCACUGACUGAUGUCUGUGUGAAGACUGAAGACCAUGAAGACAAACCACCUGAGUCCUCACAGCUUCAUCACAGUCCAAGUGAGGAGAACAGAGGGGCGGAGCCUCCAAGCAGCAGCAGGUCAUCACAACACAUGACAACAGAAGCUGAUGGAGACCACUGUGGAGGAUCACAAGCAAACAACCUCUUAGCUCCACUAUCAGAUAGUGACGACACAGCGUCACACUCUUCUGAGGAUGAAGACAGGGACGACACCCAAGAGCCUUUGAGCAGUGAUGCAGACUUUGAAGGUGAUACGAGGACUCUCUCUGGCAACAAACACCCUGGAUGCUCUAAAAAGAAGACAGGUAAAACAUGUUUUACCUGUUCAUUUUGUGGUAAAAGCUGUUCUCGUAAGGGCCAUUUGACUUGUCACCUGCUGAAACACACAGGAGAAAAACCCUUUAGUUGCUCAGUUUGCCCGAAAAGCUUUGCUUAUAAAACUAGUUUGACUCAUCACAUGCUGAAACACAGGGGAGAAAAACCCUAUAGUUGCUCAGUUUGCGCAAAAAACUUUUCUUACAAAACAAGUUUGACUCAUCACAUGCUGAAACACACAGGGGAAAAACCCUUCAGUUGCUCGGUUUGCGCUAAAAACUUUGCUUACAAAACUAAUUUGACUUAUCACAUGAUGAAACACACAGGAGAAAAACCCUUUAGUUGCUCAGUUUGCGCUGAAAAGUUUUCUUACAAAGGUAGUUUGACUCACCACAUGCUGAAGCACACAGGAGAAAAACCGUAUGUUUAUUCUGUUGUUGGUGAAAGAUUCCCUCCAAAGACACAUACGGUAUCUCACGUGACAACACAUACAGAACAAAAACUCUUUAGUUGCUCAAUUUGUGGUAAGAACUAUUCGUACAAGUACCUGCUGAACGUUCACAUGAUAAUGCACUCAAAGGAAAAAGGUCGUCAAGAAGGGUCAGUCUUAGAUAGUCAGCCGAAGCAUUAUUGGAACCAAAAAGGCUUUGAAUGGUCUUUCUGACAAUUCUAGAUAAACACUGCAAUCAAUAUCAAAUGUGUAUUGUGAUCUGAUCAUGUGGGAUGUGAGCUGAAAUGUGGUAAUUAAGAGUGUCAGAGUAUAACAGGCAUGGGCUAUGUGUACAUUUGCAUCUGGUUGUCGUCAUCACGGGCUCAAAGUGAUGAGUCAAAUAAGCGCAUGAAGUGCUUGGAAGUCAUGAAGCCAGAGCGAAAAUGUUUCCAUGUGUGAAAAUUAUACUGUAACUGUAUAGAAAGUGCCCAAGUAUUCAAUAAACACUCUAAAUAUACUACCGAGAUUGCAAAGCCUGCUCUAAAAGUAACAUAUAAAGGGGAAUGCAUGACAGAAAAUGAACAUUUUGAGCAGGUUUUGGCUUUUAUAGCCUGUGGUCUUAAACUUUUGAUCCGCUGAUAAACAGCCCAUUUCAGUUUAAUUGUUGUUUUCAAUAAAUUACUUUUUCAAAGUGCUUUUUGUCUCACUCCCCCUUCUUG